AAUCACACUCGGAUGAUAAUAUAUUAAAAUUAGUUUUAAAUAAAAAUCGAGUAUUGUCAAAAUAAAUAAAGAAAUGUACGUAUAUGCACACUGCACACAUACAAUAAACAUUCACGUACAAAAUGUAUAAAUAAUUUAUAACUCGUCAGUUUCGUCGAUCAAACACAAUUUUCUUUCACAAUUUUUUUUUAAUUAGACCCCACAACGGCCGUAUCCAUUUAAUUUAAUUUGUUUUCCUUUCUCACUUAUCGGAAAAAAUUGUAUUUCCUGCAAUCUCGAUUGUCGAUUCAUCAAUCGUACUUGCGCAUAAUGCGAUCGAUCGGCAAAUUAAAAAAAAAACUUGCCUUCUCUCUUCUAACGAUCCAAAUCGGAACCUGGAAUGCUGGAAAGUAUUAACGAUGCCGAGGAUACAUGUCGCGUCGCACAACUUGCAUUCCGGCGGUAUACUUUCUGUGAUAAUUGAUAACGGAACACUUGCGAGUGAGUACGAGCGAUUGCCUUCGUGGCAAUUGCGUCAGUGAAUAUAAAGGGACAAAAAAAGAGGAAGGAAUUCGGUUCCGUGACUUCCGUCAAAACAAAAAACGAGAGAAAGGUAGCACACUCGGCACGAGUGCGAUGCGGCGGAGCGUCUCGCGUGCACGCUCAUUUCCGACGAUCAGCUGACUUCCGGUACCACUGCAAGACGUUGUUAGGAAGUUAGGAUGUUGGCGAGGUGUUUCGAUAGUUUCGCUUAACGGAAAAGUGCGCGUGUUGUUUCUUUUCCCUUUUCACGAGAGAAAACGCGCGCGGGGCACGAGCUCUCAACGGGCCAGACGAGAUUCGCGCGAGCCGUUGCGCUUUUUCUCACACAGCCUGCAGUUCCGGCCGGAACGUGAAGCGAUGUGGUUGCCUGCAUAACCACGGUGCAGCACGGAAUCUCUCUUGAGAAGAAUCAAGUAUCUCUCUCCGUGCCGUAUCUGCCUGAUCAUCUCUUGGCAGGUGAUCUCGUAUUGUGCCACAUGGAUGUCGCGUAACACUGUCACCGCCGGUCUCGUUGUCGAGGGUAAUAUGAAUUCCGAGGGGAACGAUGGAAACGGUCAGGGUAAAGUGGCGGAGGUCAGAGUGGACGUCGGUCUGAAGAAGGACAAUCAGUCGGUGGACCAUCAGGGCGCUGUGACGUCCGCCAAGGUGCAACUGGAGAAUGGGACUGAGGGGCCUGAGUUAAGGCUGAACAACAACAACAAUGACGACAGCGGUAACGAAAGUAAGGUCAAGCUUGUUCUGCCAUCCAGGACAGCCUCUAUUGUGUUGUCCAAUGGAACGAGGUCCACGCAAAUCACCCCAGUGUCCGAUUGUGCCAACCCUCUGGAGCAGAAUGUUUCUCACGAUGCGAACAUAUCUUCCACGUUUACGAACGCGAUCGCCAAUAUGAAGUCCCAGACCGUGAACACCAAUGCUGUUAACUGUCAAUUGAAGCAUAAGACUGUUGUGAACGCGAGCUCGUUGAAUCUGCCUAAGUCCCAGAUGCACUUGAAUCUAUCUUCCACUCAGGCAAACACGCACCUCAAUCAUAACUCAGCCAUUAAUUCCACCGUGACCACUAGUGCUAUGUUACAUUCAAGUGUGUCUACAUUAAAUGUAUCAGUAAUGCCUCCCAACUUAUCAACGAUCAAAUCAAACGACGACGUGGACAUGAAGAAUAACGUGGAUUACGCGUCUGCCAUAGAGAAAUGCCCUUCCAAGGUUUCUUGCAGUUCGGAUUCUAGUCCAGAGGCUGACUGUUCCUGGACAUCAAAGUCCUAUGGAUCUAAACGUGUACUAAAUAACAUAGGUGGUAGUAUAGGUUCAACAAGUCAAGGAACUUGUUGUUUUCUGAGACCUAAUAUCAAUGGCAGCAGAGAAGUUGCUGGACCCAGUGGACUGCAAAGAACUUCGCAGAGAGAACAGAUGGAACGAAUGGAUUCUAGUUCAGGGAAUGAAGGAGAUAUGUCUGAUGGAGAAGAUUAUUGUAUUUAUACUUAUAAGGGAAAUGAUGAUGCGAUUCAUUUAAAUCAACAGGAAGAAUUAAAUCAGGACCACGCAGUGAAUCAGGAAGCAGAGGGACAGAAUCAUAGUGGUAGGUCGAGUCCAGAGAUGGAUUUCCUGGAAAUGGACUUUGAUCCUGGGCCUUCCUGCGAACUGGAUACUGGAGAUAGCGAUUUGGCCUCUAUAAACGAAGAUAUACAGAAUAUAGCAUUAGAUAAUAUAGAGCAAGACCCAGUGCUAAAUGAUCUAAGUAGUGGAAAAGUUGUGUCUAGGCAGGGACUGGUAGUAAUGCCGCAAACUUCGAAACAGACCGCACAGCAUAUGGUUAAUCAUACUACUAUCCAACAAUGCACAAGUAACCAAUGUACAGUAGAACAAAAUGCAAAGUCAACUUAUUCAGCUCCAUGGAUGCCUAGUACUAGCACUGGAACUGGAAGAUGGGACAGUGCGACACUCUAUCGUAAUACAGGUUGCCCAGUACGCGAGUCGUACGGUUAUCACAGCACGAGUGGUGACCUUAUAUCGCCUGGUGAUAAUAGAGACUCAGACUCCGAAUUAUGGGUCGAGUCCUCGACUGCAUCUCUCCCGGACAAUUCCAAUUUGAAUGCCAGGAAGGUUAAUCUCAUUUCUACGCUUUACCAUCGAAUAAUGGCUAAAAAACUAAUGCUCAAUAAGCAUGCUGCGUUUAAUCAAAGUGGUGAUUCCAAUCUGGAAAAUGAAUUGUGUAAUGAACGAUUGGAUGGGUUGCCACCAGUUGAAAAAGUAAUGCUGUGGAGUGAGCAGGAAGCCACGAUAAAGCAAGUUACGCAAAUCGGUACCUCCGCCUGUGGUGCUACAUCCGCAAUUAAUGCUUUGUUGGCCUUAAAUAUAUCAUUUUCUCUGGAAGUAUUAGUAAAAGGUGUAAAUACAAGAUUGAGGGAACUAGGUGUACCACUACCGAGAUAUCUUGUCAGUCGUUCGGUAGCAGGGGCAACUCAUAAGGACAUAGCACGAGGGAUAUCUCUGUCUACAAAUGGUGCAGCUGUAACAAAAUUCUUUGCAUUUUAUCCGGAAAGAAAGGUGUCAUUAUCUCAUUGGUUACACUAUUGGAUCUCCAAAGGUGCUGCACCAAUUGCAACAUUAAAUUUACAACAUUGCGGAGAGGGUUGCGAUAUACCGGAUGCAUGGCAUCAUCAAAUGAUAUUUGGUGUAGGACAAGCUGGUAUAUACUUAACAAACCCCUUAGAAUGUUUGCCUGAACAGUUUGUAUGGCAUCAAUUAGUUAGUCCCAGUAUCCUAUUGAUACGAAAAGCAGACAUUCUAGCGCAUUGGAAUGAAAAUACAGAUCUAACUCCACUUGCGACAAUGGAUCAAAAGUGGCGAAAACUCAAUGUCCUUGGGCAAGUUGUAAAUAUGGUACGAGAAUCAAUGAGCCAAAGGCAGCAUCCUAAUAAUACAACUACUGGAGCGACUCACAUUCGCAUUCCAGCGUCUUAUCAAGCAGGCAUUACAUUGGUCAUGUGUGCUGAUUCUGCUGCGGCCACUGAAUUGUUACACGCAGAACAACUACCACUACUCUAGUCUUAUCGAUCAAAAUUUAACAAGCCGGACUGGUCCAUCUUGUUUACAACAAAAUUUAUUAGUAGACCAGCCGACACAAUGUUUUUACUCAUAGUUCAUUUUCUAUGUAAACUAACAGGAUAAAAAUAAUUUACAUUUUUGACACAAGAUGCGUUUGUAUUCAAAGAGAAUAUUAUUGAUUAAAAUAUAUUUCAAUAGAAUA